AUGAAAGGCACUUUAUUUGGCAGCUGGGAUUGUCUCAAAUACCUGUGCAGGAUACAUGUCAGCUACUCCAACAGAAGACCGGAAACCUCACAAAACGCAAAGGAUCUGAUUCUGCGCCUGACGUCUCAAAAGGUGCAGCGUUGCCAUCCGCAGCUGCAGGUCACCUGGGAAAUGCUGGACUAUGACGCCCCCGCGACAGUGGAAGCCACGCUCGUCAACGGACGCAAGCACAAGCAGCUGCUGGAGGGAUUCAGCUCAGCUCAGAGGCGUGAGAUUGUAGACAAAUGGCGCUUUAAGGCUAACCUCGAGCCAUGGGAGGAAGUGCUCGCUCCGAAACUUCCAGAAGGCCAAGCGCCAGCUUCACCGGGGGGCGAUUCCCCGGAUCUAGGAUCCACUGUUGAGAGCGUGACCGGCGCACAUUGUUGCUAUCUAUACAUAGGCCUUGAAAGCGCUGAGAGCUCUAUUGGAAAAAGUGAUGAAGCAAAAGAUGGCGGAGCAGAGAAGACUCCUUUCCUGGGUUUUUAA